AUGGCUCUCUCUCCUCCUCCACCGUUCCCCGACUUUGAUUUUUCGUACGACUCGGCGUCGUUCCCCAAUGCCCCUCCCCUGCCACCCUCAGCGGAUCUCUUCUCGACAGCGGAGACGACGGACAUCUUCGGAUUCCUCGACAACUUUGGCGAUUUUGGUGUUAGCUGGGACUUGGAACAGACGCUACCGCAGCCCCAAUAUCGACCGCAGCCAUAUUCCAACCCCCACCUCCCCGACGUCGUGCCUGACGCAUCCCCGACGACGUCUGGCCGUCCGCAGCGACCGACGCGCGCAUCGUCGUUACGGAAACAGCCGAAAAGAACUCCUGCCAGCGCCUCCUCCGACUUCCCAUCCAGGCAGGAGAGCGAGACGCCAAGCAACACAUCGGAAUCGUCUCGAUCCCUGCCGACCCCGCCGCCGCCCUCCCACGAGCACCUGCCGUCCCACUCGGCCGCAGCCGCGUCCCCCUCCUCUGCGCGCAACACGAAGCCCCUGCUGUCGAUGCCGCAAAAACGGCUCAACCACAUCAUGUCCGAGCAGAAGCGCCGGAACGCCAUCCGCGAUGGGUACUCGCAGCUGAUCACGCUGCUCGCGCCGUCGGACGGCGGGCCGAUGCUGGGCAUGCCGCAGAGAGGCCGCCCGAAGGGGAGCGGGAACCGGAACAAGGGCAAGGGGCAGAGCAAGGGCAAGAGCGGCGUCUUGUUCCGCGCCGUCGAGUAUGUGAAAUGGCUCGAAGAGGGCCGCCAGGCUCUGCAUGCGGAGGUGCUGCGUGUGGAGGCAGCCGCCGGACUGUGA